AUGUGCCAAAUAUUUGUGUUUUUAUUAAAACUGUGUGUCUUUACCAUUGUCGUAAACGCUGAAAAUUCCCCGAAUGAUAUUGGCGAAGAAGGCAAAUGUCAAAUACCCAUUAAUCUGAAAGGUUAUGUGAUACGAUUACAUCCAAAAAAUACAACAUUAUCUGUUGGAGAUUGGGUUUCCGAAUACGACACAAUCCAUGUAACAUGCGUCAAUAAACAAGAAAGUGAUUCCCUAUUAUGUGAGAAUGGAACAUUUAUUCCUGAAUUUCCCAGAUGCUCAUUCUGCGAAAAACGUUUACUCAAUGGCCUCUCAACAAGAUAUUCAAAAAUAUUCAUAAACGGCACCCCAUUCGAUGUCAAUGAGUUUCCAUGGAAAAUACCUGCGGGUGCUGAAAUCGAUGUUUAUUGUGACAUUGGCUAUAAGCGAUCUGGUAAUAGCCCAAUGCAACAAAGGAUGCAAUGCCUUUCGAAUGGCACAUUCAAUGCCGUACGUGAGCCAUGUAUUCAGAACUGUGGUAAAUUAUCAACCGAUCGGAUAUAUUUUAAUCGCGAUGAAAUACCGAGAAGAAACAACAAAAUACCAUGGCAUGUGGCUAUCUUUAGAAAACAGAAGUUUGGACCAAACACAUACAUAUGUGGCGGAUACAUAGUCUCGCCUAGUAUAAUAAUAUCAGCUGCCCAAUGUUUUUGGGAUAAUCUUCAAAAUAGACAACAUCCUGUUAGUUAUUUUCAGUUUGUUGCCGGUAAACAAGAUAAGGAGUUUAGUUUAUCCAGAGAGGACUAUGAGCAGAUAAGAGAGGCAUCAGCCAUUGAAAUUUCCUAUCAGUAUUCUAGUUCGAAUUCACAAAAAAUAGCCGAUAUUGCAGUUGUUAAAUUAAAAUCUCCCUUGGACUACACACAGCAUAUAUCGGCCAUUUGCAUGGCAACAAGGACAAACAGUGCUUUAGAUUAUGUGCCUACGGGUCACAAAGGUUUUGUGCCUGGUUAUAGCCAAGAAUAUAAACAUGUGGAACAAGUUAGUAGUACUUCCAUAGAUCUCCAUCAAUGUCGACAAAGGCAGGAAUUGGCAAAUUUGGAACCUGAUAAAUUCUGCCUGACUACAGACGAUGAUGCAGGUGGCCACUUAUGUAGUGGAGAAAGUGGAAGUGGAUUCGCAUGGAAGCGUAAAGGCCAUCCUUACCAAUUGUUGGGCGUCAUAAGUUCCUCACAGUCACACACCGAUGCCUGCUCAUCGCAAGAUAGUCUAGUGCCCGCGGCUAAUGUGCUGUACAUGAAAGAUGAUCUAUUUUGGAAACUCAAUAAAACAUUGAGUGAAGAUCAAGCCUUGUUUUGAUGGGAACAAACUUCAAAAUAGUUUUAAUUGCAAUUUUAUAUAUGGGUUGCCCAAAAAGUAAUUGCGGAUUUUUUAAAAGAAAGUAAAUGCAUUUUUACUAAAACUUAGAAUGAACUUUAAUCAAAUAUACAUUUUUUACACUUUUUUUCUAAAGCAAGCUAAAAGUAACAGCUGAUAACUGACAGAAGAAAGAAUGCAAUUACAGAGUCACAAGGUGUGAAAAAAUUUGUCAACGCUGACUAUAUGAAAAAUCCGCAAUUACUUUUUGGGCAACACAAUAACACUGUGUGUGUGUGUGUGCAAAUAAAGGAC